AUGGCCGAUUUCUGUAGCGACGAUUCCCAGCCACUCGUGGUGGACCUUCAAGAGCACCGGAGCACCAUGGUCACCUGUUCGCCGCCAUCUUCCGCAUCGAACGCCUUAAUCCAGAGGCGCGCCUUCGCCAGGGGUCCACCUCCGGCGUCCUGGCGCCGAUUCUACAUCACCAGGAUUGAAGGUACGAGGCUGAUUGGAACUUGUCUGCUCUGCAACGAAUGCAUCCGGGCCACGGCAGGCGUCUCCUCAAACCUGCUGCGGCACCUCAAGCGGAGGCACUCGCGGGAGCUGGACAUCGCCCUCAACCUCCAAAACAGCAAACAACGACGAAAGCAUGGUUCAUCGGCGCCGACGUUGUCCUCCCCUUCUCCCUCCCCGGUUAAACAAGUACCGGCGUCGUCAUCCACGAGUGGAGACGUCGUACUGGCCAGGACGCCUCUGCCACCCCGUGUGCCUACGAGAGACCCUCUUUCCUCCACGGGCAGCUAUAUCCUGUCAGACAUGCCGGAGCACGACGCCGUGGUGGACGACCAGAACUUGAGGUUCGCCUGGAGCCUGGACUCGGUGGGGGCGUCGGGGCCUUCGAGUUCUUUUGUCCCGACUCAGUCGGACAACCAUCAAGGAAUGGCAGUGCAGACGAUCAGCAGGUACACGUCGCCGGUUGUCACGCCGGUCAACGAGUGCGAGUCCUCGUCUGCGGGCAGUCCGGCAACGUCUUCCGUAGCUACGGCAACUCCCAGCGUCGUCCUGGACUGCCAGGAUGAUUCGCCGAGGAGUCGCCGCAACGAUAUCAACGACGCAGUCUUGGGACUCGUGUGGCGUGACCUGGAACCGUUCGAGGUGGUGCACAGGCCGGGCUUUCUGCAGCUGAUGAAGGCCGCAGCGCCCGACUACGAACCUCCGACCGCGGAGAAGUUGGCGGACUUGCUGCUCCCUCGGCGACUGAGCCAACUGCAAGACUCCCUGUCGCCAUCCAUUCACAGGGCCACCUCCGCCGACUUCGUCUCGGCGGUCAUCGGCGUCUGGCUGGGCGAGGCGGAUGACGUGUACGCGAGCGUCGACGUGUCUUACGCGACGCGUCACUUCAAGACCGAGAGGAAGAGCGUCGCCUUCAGGAGGGUCACCGCUGACCAGGACGCCACCGAUGCCAUCCGAGAUGUCUUCGAGUCUGCGCUACGGCAGUGGAACAUUGACAAAAAGCGCGUCAUGCGAGUUCUGGUAGACAGUCCAGCUCGCACGGCCAGGACCUUCUCGUUCCCCGGCUGGGCUAGCGACUCGAACCGCGGAGGAGGAGACGAGGGAGGCGCCGUGUCCUCGUGGUCUUUGGAGUCGGCAGAGUUCGACCUCAGCCACGAAAUACUGCAAGAGCUAGACGCGUCUGAGCCGGACUGGUCCAUAAGCACCGACUACCGCCUACACUGCGCCGUGCGGAGCGCAUUCGAUGUGGACCAGGACGUGAUGAGCCUGGUGGCCCGGUGCAGCCGCGUCGUGUCCGGCAUCAAGUGCAGCGCCAGAGACGCGGCGACCGUGGCCGGGGUGACGGGCGUGUCCUUCCCUUUCCCGUCCAGCUACUCGGACGAGUGGACCUCGCAGCUGGACUGCCUGCGCGAGCUGUGCUCGGUGCUCACGCAGCACGCUGACCUGCAGGAGCGCAUCUACGCCUGCAAGGAGGUGGGCCUGACGGCCACCGACGUGACGCUCCUGCAGGACUUGCUCGAAGUACUGGCGCCGCUCGAAGAGGCCACCAACGCGCUGCGGCAGCCCCACGAGACGGUGGGAUUGGUGCUGCCCGCGCUGAGAAACCUUCAGGUUAGUCUGACGCGGGCGGUGACGAGAGACGGCUUCCAACUGAAAACGAUGGCCGAGAACCUGCUGCGCAGCGUGGAGACGCACUUCACCAACUCGUGGAGCGACCCGGUCCUGCUCGCGGGCGCGCUACUCGAUCCCCGCUUCAAGACCAGCUGGUGCGACGACCAGACCGCUUGCAAGAUGAAGGAGGCCAUCGAGAAACAGCGCGCCGCCCUAAACAUCGAUCCUCCCUCUGCGGUCACCGUUCAACGCCGAUACGCCGACGCCGGGAACAAGGGCCAGAAGCUCUUUCGGAACAUCCGGAACCUGGACAGUUCAUCGACUCAGCAACCGGGACCCACGACGCCGCUGGGACAGGAGCUGUGCCUGUACCUGUCCGAAGACACGAUGGAAGACAUUGUGACGCCCCUAGCUUAUUGGAGGGCGAACCAGCCACGUUUUCCACUCCUGGCUAGGCUGGCGCUGUCGGUGUUUGCGGUUGGUGGUGCGUCCGCAACAGCAGAAGAGGUCGCUUCCGUUACGGCCGCGAUUCAAGCGGCGCGUCGGCAUCGCUUUACCGACGUGCAGCUGGAGCAGGUCAUACUUCUGCGAAGACAUCUGAUGUAGCGUGAUCUUGAAGUAUCGGGCUUGCUGGCCAACAAGCUUCGUCGCAUAAGUAUUCAGGGGACACGAUUUCCUUGACCAAGUUCGGAG